CCUCAUAUCAAAUAGUCGUCCCCAGGCAGCAAAGCGCAAGAGCACACAUGCUUUUAGGACGAGCGAACAUCACAGAGCACGAAGUUUGACCAAACCGGACUCUUGUAACGGAUAAAGACUUGUCACCUCUCAAGAACUCAGGUUGUGUGAGGGGAGGAAGUUGUGAAGUCACGCGGAGGAGAAGCAGUUACUGUUCGGUUACAGACCCGGAGUAAGGCUAAGGCUCGGUCCACCAGAAGGAACCAAGCCUUCUUUCAGAGGUCCUCUUCUUCCACACAGUCCUACCCUACCAGUGACUGUGCAAAUCCAUUCACAGACAGACACAGAACUUAACAAAGUCUCUUGUACCCUAUAUUUGAAAGGAGUUUUCAAUCCUAAAAGUACACACACUAUAGGAAGACUGCAUGGUGAAAGUGUUACCUUGUUAGACACCCACAGGGCUAUAGACAGAGGCUCCACUUAUCAAACCCACUCACUGUCCCUACCCUGGAGAAAAAGGCUUAUUUAGCAUCUAACGCUAGCACGUUGUGCUGCGCGUUGCUUUCACAUUCAGCGCCAUUGAUUCACUGACCGCCCUGUAAUUUCAUUAGCAUUCUAGCCUCUUUAUGUUUUUUUUUUAAACACACACACAAACACAAACACACACACACACACACACACACACACACACACACACACACACACACACACACACACAAACACAGGCAACCCUCCAAAUGACACACUGUUUUCGCAAAUAUUAUUGGCCCUGUUGAUCACGAGGCACAUGCUGCUGUCAGCUCAUUCAAUCACCAUCCACUACAGACAACACCUGGGUAUGAGGGUCCCAUCUGCACACUAUUAGCCCCCAUUGAGAGAACUGGAGAGUACUACUACACUUCCCAGUUGUACUGCUAUGUUUAUUCACUCUGGCAGGUGCUAGUGUCAUGUCCUAUUUGUCCAGGCGGCUGUCUGUGUGAGUGGAUACGACAGGGUUAUGAUGAACACGUGCUGUUGUCGUCUUCUACUGCCUACGGUUGGGUCACUGUGAGGGGAAGAGAUCCUAGGUCUGAUCAUACUGUUUGUCUAUCACCCUGUCAGAAGGGAUCAAGACCAAAUCUCUCUUGAAGUAGACACUUCAUCUCAAAGAGACUAACAUCUCAAAGGAUAAACAAAGGCUGACUAGAACACAUCAGUCUGUCCAACCGUCUGUCUGGUUGUACCCCCAACUGUGGCCCACCUCUUGCCCGUUCCCCCCACCAUCCAGUCUGUGUGUAAGUUCUGCCGACGGGCUGCUUGGAGGAUGAGCGAUGUCCCCACCCUGGACUAUGAGCUGCUGCUGUCCCCUGGGCCCUCCUUCCCUGGGCCCCCCAGCAGCCCUGCUCGUGGGGGGUGACGCGGAGCAGAGGACGGCCUUUGCCUUCGUGGGGCUCCUCAUGCUCUUCCUGGUCUUCCUGCUGGUGCGCUGCUUCCGCAUCCUGCUGGACCCCUACAGCCGCAUGCCAUCCUCCUCCUGGACCGAACACAAGGAGGGCGUAGAGAGGGGGCAGUUUGACUACGCCCUGGUCUAGACCUGGGUCGUGUUCAUUAGGCACCAAACGGAAGAAAGGGGACUGAAACAGGGAGGGACUACCCGAACUUGUCCAAUAAGAAAAUGUUGUUUUCGUUUUCCGUUGCACAACGUUUCGCUACGAUGUGCCCUAAUGAAAACGACCCCGGUAGUGUCUUAAGGGGGCAGUUUGACUGGCCCUGCUGUAGAAACAGAGACCACAGUUGUCAAGACCGGAUCCCUCAACACCCAGACCAAGACCUUUGACUACAUGCUGCUGCAGAGACGGAGGAAAGAGGGGCUGUUUUGACUAUAUGCUGCCGUCAAGGCCCACGCCAAAACCAGACCACCAGACUGCUUGAGACCGACUGUUACCAAGACUAGACCAUUUGAGACCCAGACUUGCAACUCAAGAGGUAGAAAGGGGUUGUACUGCACUGCUGCCUUAAUUUGCUGCAUUCCCCUCACAAUACUUCCUCCUCCUCUUCUAGUCCCUGUAGAUUGGCUAAAAUGCAGGGGAGUGCUGACAAAGCCAUUACAAACACAAUGGGAUUGCAAACAAGAUCUCUCCAGAUGAAACGUAAAGGCUAUAACAUAGUAGCUUUCAAUAUUUACAUCACACCUGUUUCUGUACCUCCCAGUUUAUGAUUUGUUACAGUAUAUUUGACAGUCAUGACCUUUUUUAAUAUUGAUUGUCCUCUGACAAAUGAGCAAUUGUAUUUUUCCCUCAUAGAUUUCCGACUGGGUUGAGAUAUUACAAAUGUGUUUAGAUGCAUCCGCCCUUUUAAGAAACCAGACUGGUGAUUUGUCUUCAAAGGAACAUUAUUGGUGUGUUUUGUGUUGGUAUAACUGAACAAAGCCAUAUCUAUUAUAUACAUACAUACAUACAUACAUACAUACAUGCAUACAUACAUACAUGUUGUUUGGUUGCCCUGUUCGCUUUAACCACCUUGCCAAGCUUAGUGAAAACAUGCACUCUGCGACUUUUAGACCAGAAAUGCUUUAUUUUUGUAUUCCAACUAAAGUUUGGAUGGAGUCUCCUUUUGCUAAUAUUUUCUCUGUGUUUUCUCUGAUUUGUAGCACUUUCAAUCUUGUCUUUGGUCUGUGAUUCUUGAGCUAGCCUAGCUACACAAUGAAAUGUGAUAUGCUUCCAUAUACGAAGCACGGGCAGCAAUCUUUCAACUCUACUUGGCGAUACUUUCUUUGGUCUCGAUUUGGAAGAAACACGUCUCUUAUAAAUGUCUGUGUUCAGUUGCAGGUGAUACUCUGAAAAACAGAAAAUUCAGAAAAAUAUUACUUCCACUUUUUACACCGCAUGAGGUUUCUCGCUAUCUUAGCUGCCGCACAUCUCGCAUUUCCCAACAUCUUUGCCGAAAUCUAGUCAAUGCGCUUCACACAGUGCGACCAAAACAAAGAUCUACACACAUGCAAGAGGCAUUUCUCACUCAGGGCCAUAGCUUCAAUUUAUUUUACUUUGAUUUUAAUUUGUUUUUAACUCAUUCGGGGUCUCAACUUACUGUUGAGAGUUAGAAUAGUAGAAUACACAAGGUGCAACUUCUAAACUUGGUUGUGCAUCAGCAGUUUUACUCUUAUGUCAGUCAAUUAGCCCAUGUCAGCUAACAUUUUUUAGAUUGCUAAAUUAGUCUUGCUAGUUAUCUUAUCAUGGCUGAAUUACUGUGCCUAGGGACCCUGACCUCCAGGGGGAGCCAUUUGAUUUUGUUAGUCACUCUCACCCAGAUAUCAUAUUAACAUGGCAAAAUGUGUAGAAUUGCUGGGAAUUAGCUUUAAAACUGUAAGAACAACAAUCUUAUUUGUUUACCUUUUGAGUAAAAUAUUUGUUCUGCUAACAGAUCCCUCUACAUAAUAAAUUAUAGUUAAGCCCAGCGCUGAGUUAAUGUGUAGCGGCUAAUUGUAUACUGUAUGUGAAUGAAGCUACAGCAACCAAUGUGAUAAUGUCUGGGGUCAUUUUUGCUUGUUUUUGCUGUUCUCCAAAUAUCAUUUUAGUUUAAAAAUCCAGUAAAUGAGCUCCAACGUUGUUAAACCCAGAGCAGGCAGCUUUGCUUGCAUUUAAGAUUUGUAAGUAGAUAUUUUUCAUAACUGCUUUGUUUUUGCUACGCAGGGUUUAAUUUUGUGAAAUAAAAUGGGUUUUUCUUCAA